AAGACCACAGGCUCUACCUGGAGGGCUUAGCUCUCCUGAAAAUUCCCAAAAGACUAUGAACAGGCCAGGCAGGGUGUAUAGCAGAGUGGCUGCAUCUAGAAGAGGGGGAGGAAGGGCCAAACACUGUAAGUAAUCCAUGUUUGGAAAUCAAGGUUGAAGUUACUUAUUAGCAGGUGAAAGGGUCAAGGGUCAAGGCAAGGGGGCUGGAAGCAGAGUGGACUGAGCAGCCAGUGGGGGAGAGAAUAGUUAAGGCACCAGCCAGUCCACGAAGAGCACCAGCUCCCUGUUGCCUGAAGAUGUUCCACCAAAUUUGGGCAGCUCUGCUUUACCUCUAUGGCAUUCUCCUUAAUUCCUUCUACCAGUGCCCUGAGCACUGUCAACUGACAACUCAGGGAGUGGAUGGGAAAGAGUUCCCAGAGCCCCACCUGGGCCAGUGGUACUUUAUCGCAGGGGCAGCUCCCACCAAGGAGGAUUUGGCGACUUUUGACCCUGUGGACAACAUUGUCUUCAACAUGGCUACGGGCUCUGCCCCCAUGCAGCUCCAGCUUCAUGCUACCAUCCGCACGAAAACUGGGUCUUGUGUGCCACGGGAAUGGAUCUACCACCUGACUGAGGGGAGCACAGAUCUCAGAACUGAAGGCCGCCCCGAUAUGAAGACCAAGCUCUUCUCCAGCUCAUGCCCAGGUGGAAUUAUGCUGAAGGAGACGGGCCAGGGCUACCAGCGUUUUCUCCUCUACAAUCGUUCACCACACCCUCCUGAGAAGUGCGUGGAGGAAUUCCAGUCCCUGACCUCCUGCCUGGACUCCAAGGCCUUCUUACUGAUUCCCAGGAAACAAGAGGCCUGCAAGCAGUCCAGUAACUGACCUGUGGUUUCAUCUGUGCCCCCAGAUGGAUUUGGUGGGAGCUAAGAUUGUGGUGGGGGAAAAGAGAAGCUGGAGAUGCCCUUUCAAG